GGGCGGUCCUUGGGUUGCCUUGGCGACUCGGAGGGGAGGCGGGCGGGAGAGAGAGGAUUCCUUCCUGACAUGGGCAGCCAGUGGUGCCGCUGGGGGACUCGGCCGCUGUCACAGGGAUAGGAAGAGCCCAGGAGGAGGAAGAGGCAGCGGCGGCGGCGGCUGAGGGACUGCGCGGGCGGCGGAGGCGGCAGGGGUAUAGUAAGAAUAACCUAUUUAUUAUACCAUCAAUGAGAGAAGAACUAUAACCUCUGCUCAGACAUGAGCAGUGCUAGUAACUCACUAGCACGUGAAUUUUUGUCAGAUGUCAGCCAUCUUUGCAAUGCAGUGGACCAAAGGGUGGAAGCCAGGGAGGAGGAAGAGGAGAAAACACACAUAGCAGCACUAGGGCAAUACCUUGUCAACGGCCGUGGAUUCGUUUUGCUUACUAAACUUAAUUCCAUAAUUGAUCAGGAGCUGACCUGUCGAGAAGACCUCCUUACUCUUCUCUUGUCACUUCUGCCACUCGUAUGGAAAAUACCUGUAGAGGAAGAAAAGGCAAUAGAUUUUAACCUGCCUUUCUCUGUUGAUAUAUGCUUGACCAAAGAGGCAACUAGUAGUUCUCUCAAAUCUACUCAGGAAAAACAAAACGUAGAAGAAAAUUCUCAUCUGUCUGCUCAGGCACCUGUAAAAUUGAAUUCUACUUCCUGGAAAAGUCGACGUCAGCGUAAAACUACCCAUCGCUAUUCUGUGAGGGAAGCAAGGAAAUCCCAGCUGUCCACUUCUGAUUCAGAAGGCAAUUCAGAUGAGAAGACUUCUGUAAUGAUGAAGUAUAGGAGAUCACAACUCCUGCAGCCUUUUGUAACAAAUCCACCUAAGGAACAGUUUGUUGCAGGUAGAUGUCACCUUCUGGAAACUGAAGAUGUCCAGAGUUGCAACAUAAGUGCAGACAAUGCUGAUAACUCCAAGCAAAUCAUUCCAGAAACCAGUUCUCAAGCUUUUGAUGAUCAAGCAACAUCAUCUGUCAGCUACCUAGACAAUUCUCCCUUUGACUUGUGUCUUGUCUUACUGUCUUUGCUAGAAAAAGUGUGCAAGUUUGAUAUUGCUUUGAACCACAAAUCUCCUUUGGCAGCAAAUGUUGUAUCUACACUAACAGAACUAUUAUCAAAACUUGGAGAGUGUUACAAUGCAUGUAGUGCUGCUGAAAAUGAGGUUGUUUCCUCAAGCUGGACAGAGGAACCUGUUGCUCUGGUUCAGAGGAUGCUCUUUAGGACAGUGUUACAUCUUAUAGCAAUGAAUGUUAACAAUACUGACACUAUGCCAGUCAAUUUGAAAAAAAAUAUUACUGAUCUACUUAAAGCAGCCUUAACAACAAAAUGUUUACUGGAAAAAGCAUACAAUCCUUUUGCUUCAAGACAACAGGAGAUUCAAGGUUACCUUGCUUUUUCAUGGUAUCGCCACAGGGCUCUCCUUUUGCCAGAGUUUAUAGACGGAGUUUUGCAAAUCCUGAUUGGCUGCCUUCAAAAUGCAGCCUCCAAUCCAAUUUAUUUUAGUCAAGCAAUGGAUCUGGUUCAUGAAUUCAUACAACACCAAGGAUUUAAACUGUUUGAAGCUACGGUACUCCAGAUGGAAUGGCUGGUUGCAAGGGACACCAAGAUAAACACGGAGGCACCAGAGUAUCUCAAAGCUCUUAUCAAUAGCAUUAUGAAAAUAAUUAGCACUGUUAAAAAAGUGAAGUCAGAACAACUUCAUCAGUCUGUCUGUACGAGAAAACGACACAGGCGAUGUGAGUACUCUCACUUCAUGCAUCACCACAGAGACUUGUCAGGGUUACCAGUUUCUACUUUUAAAAAUCAAGUCUCUAAGAGCCCGUUUGAGGAAACAGCUGAUGGGGAAGUUCACUAUCCUGACCGGUGUUGCUGCAUUGCUGUUUGUGCUCACCAGUGUCUGCGACUGUUGGAGCAUCUUUCUCUUGGAAACACAUGUUUUCAAAUCUUAUCUGGUGUCCAUAAUGUGGGUAUAUGUUGUUGCAUGGACCCCAGGUCUGUAAUUAACCCAUUGCUUCAUUCUUUCAAAUCACAAAUGUUAAAAAACUUUCAGCCACAUAUAUUAAGCAUCCUUAAUAAGUUUAUAUUGGACCAACUAGGGGGGGCACAAGUUUCUCAGACACUGACUCAGGCCUCCUGCAACAUUUGUACUAUUGACUGUGAUCAGCUUGCUGAACUAGAUGAGGUUCUCCAUGGCAAUGCUGCUGAGGUUAUUUCUGCUCCGAGCUCUUCAGCUCCUUACAGAUUUCAAGGAAUUUUGCCUAGUAGAGGAUCUGAAGAUAUGUUGCUAAAGUGGGAUGCCUUGGAAGCAUAUCAGAGCCUUGUCUUCGAAGAAGAUGAUAAACUGCGUUGUAUGCAGAUAGCUAGUCAUGUGUGCAAUUUGAUCCAAAAAGGCAAUGAAGUUAUUCAGUGGAAACUGUACAAUUAUAUAUUCAGCCCAGUUCUCCAGAGAGGUGUUGAACUAGCUCAUUUUGCCCAACAGCAAGGUUGUGCUACAGCUUUCAGUCAGACAGGCAGUUACCAUAAAAAAUGUUUCCCUGAAGAAGUGCUUCAAAUCUAUUUGCAGACAUUGCCUGCACUCUUUAAAUCCAGAAUAAUACGAGAGCUAUUCUUAAACUGCAAUGGAGUAAAUCAGAUGACUGAGCUAAAUUACUUGGACUGUGUAAGAACUAAUUCCUUGAAAGUAUUUGAAACGUUAAUAUUUUGCCUUGGAGACCAGCAGACGGAGCAGUUGAUGCCAGACCUAGACAGUUUAGAUAAUGAGCAAAAGAGGCCUGCAUUAGACCUUGCUGCUUUAGUUCAUCAGCAGCAAGAAACUUCAUAUACACCUCAAAGUCUAAGCAAAUUUUAUGCUGGACUCAAAGAAGACUAUCCAAAGAAGAAGAAAGCAGUAAGCCAAGAUGUUCAUGUCAACAUGAUAAACAUAUUUCUCUGUAUUGCUUUUUUAUGCAUCAGUAAAGAAGCAGAUGCUGAUCGAGAUUCAGCCAAUGAUUCUGAAGAUACGUCAGGCUAUGAUAGUACAGCGAGUGAACCCUUGAGCCACAGGCUGCCGUGUCUGUCUCCAGAGAGUCUCUCUUUACCUUCCUUGGAACACAUUCAUAGGGCAGCAGACAUUUGGUCAAUGUGCCGCUGGAUCUAUUUGUCCAGCUCAAUUUUCCAAAGACAGUUCCACAGGCUUGGUGGCUUUGAAGUGUGUUAUAGAUUAAUAGCAAUGAUCAUCCAGAAACUUGCAAUAAAUGGAACAAAGGAACAAGGUGAACAGAGUGGUUCAUCACAGUUGAUCCUGAGUAAUGAGAGAGCUUCAUCAGACCAUGAUAGCCUUGAUGAAAAUUUUGACAGUGAAGAGCAACAUGAAUGGCUUUCCUAUAAGCAGGCAAAUGCAAAUCAAACAUCAGCUGAAGGCACAACAGAAUCAAAAAGAACUUCAAUUCAAGAUCAUGAGUGGUCGCUGCAAGGUAUAAGACUUUUGGAAGCUCUAUUAGCAAUUUGUUUACACAGUGCAAAUAAUUUCCAGCAGAAGACAGAAACAGAAUCUCUUCUCCAGAAUGCUUGCACUGAAGAUAUAUUACUUGAAAUGAGAGACCAUCUUACGAAAUCUAGAAUAAUGGAAACUAGCUUAGUGAAGCCUUUAUUUGAUUCCUUGCUUCGGGUUGCACUAGGAACCUAUUUUGCUGAUCUGGAUCAUUCAGAAGAAAAGAAAGAAAAGAUCCAUCAAUCUGAAAAGGAGCUUGCACCUCAGGCUGGUGAUAUAUCUGAAGAAGCAGAAGAGUCACAGUGCUGUAGCCUUAAAUUUUUUGCAGAAGAAGAAGGUUAUGAUGCAGAUAGUGAAAGUAAUCCUGAUGACAGCGAAAGCCAAGAUGAAGGGACAGACAUUAAGAGAGAAAAAGGAUGCUUUGGCUUUCCCAGUUUUCCCAGUGACCUAGCUGAACACCUCAUUCAAGGAGAAUUGAUAUUCCCUGAAAUCUGCAUGUUGGAAUUACAUUUACUCUCAGUUGGCAACCCAAGCCUAGAUGUUCUUACUCAUGUCUUCCAGAGCUUCUUGAAAGUAAUCAGGCUGAAGGGGGAAAAUGCAACCUUACUUAUACAACAGGGUGCAGUAAAAAGUAUCUUGGGAGGAUUCCUUCACAUACUGACACAGACAGAUUCCAGUUUUCAUGAAUGUCAGGAGGUACUGGUGGAUCUAUUGGUGUCUCUGAUGAGCUCAAGAACAUGUGCAGAAGAGCUAACUCUUCUCUUAAGGAUCUUUUUAGAAAAAACUCCAUCUACGACUACACUGCUUAAAGGAAUUUUGAAGAUUUUGGAGGCAAAUGCUGACAUGAGGCCUUUACAGUAUAUCCCAUUUCCUUUACAUCAUAUACCAAGUUUAGGCAGCAGCCCUUCCCAAAAACCAACUCUCACUCCCAACAGCAAGACCAUAGGGCUACUAAGACGAUCAAAGUUUUCACAGAUAAAGAAGGACCCAGAGAGUGAGAGUUUGCCUCACCAUCUUCUUUCUUCUUGGCAUGUUGCUCCAAUCCAUUUGCCUUUGGUCGGGCAAAACUGUUGGCCACAUAUGUCUGAAGGCUUUAGCAUCUCAUUGUGGUUUUGUGUGGAAUGUGUUCAUGUAGCAGACAGUUGUUUGGAGAAAGUAAAAAGAAUGAAACGGAGGAGCAAAUCACUAAUUUCACAUGACAGCAGUUUUGAUGAUACCGAAGAAAGUAAACCUGGAGUUGAUUAUGUCAAUUUGGGAGACAAACUUCUAGAAGAUGGCUGCCUUCACAUAUUCUCAUUGGGAUCCAAAGCAUUGAUGAUUCAAGUGUGGGCGAAUGUGAACACUGGAGCUUUUACGUUUCGUAUGUGCAUGGAUCCAAAUGAUGAAAUGAAAGCUGGCUUACUAGCGCAAGUUGAAACACCAGAGAAUACAUUUCUUACAGGCAAAUGGCAGCAUUUGGCAUUAACAUACCUGCAACAGCCAGAAAGCAAGAAAAAUAUCCAUGGAACACUUUCACUAUGGAUUUCUGGUCAGAGAAAACCUGAAAUUAGUUUAGAUUAUACACUUCCAAGGAAAACAAGCUUAUCAUCUGACAGUAAUAAGACCUUCUGUAUGACUGGACAUUAUGCAGCUUCCCAAGAUGAAUUUUUGCAAUUGGCUGGGAGAUGGGACCUGGGAAAUUUCCUUCUCUUCAAUGGUGCAAAAAUUGGUCCAGAAGAAGCAUUUUAUCUCUAUGCUUGUGGUCCAGACUUUACCUCUUUAAUGCCAUGCAAAUAUGGUAAAUCAAUAACUGAUUAUUCUAGAUAUGUAAAUAAAGAAAUUCUGCAGUGUGAACAGAUAAAGGAACUCGUGAUGACAAAUAGAGAAGUGGACAUUGGGCCUUUAAUUGAAAGCCUUGCUACUGUUUAUAGUACUUGCUGCCCUGGCCGCUACACAAUCUAUGAGCCAGUAAUCAGACUUAAAGGUCAAGCAAAAACUAUUCCUUCCCAACGACCUUUCAGUUCAAAAGAAGUACAAACCAAUUUACCAGAUCCUCAUUACCUAAAAAUGCUACAGCCUGCUGAAUACAAAGGUCUUCAAGGCAUACUGCAUGAGAUUGGAGGAACAGGAUCAUUUGUCUUCCUUUUUGCCCGGGUUGUAGAGAUCAGCAACUGUGAACAAACCCAAGCAUUGGCUGUGAAAGUUAUCCUUGCCUUAACAAAACAUAAUCAACAGAGAAUUCACGAAUUAGAAAACUGCAAUGGUUAUUCAAUGAUACACCAGGUGUUGAUAAAGCCCAAGUGUAUUGUUGGCUUUCAUAUUUUGCAGACUCUCCUUGCAGGGUGCUGCAGUGAGAAGAUGAUUCAUAUGAAUGAGAAUGGGCAAUUCAUCCUUGAUGUAGAGUCUAGAGCAGUAAUCCAAGAUGUUAAAUUAUUGGAAGAACUGUUGCUUGAUUGGAAGAUAUGGUCUAAAUCCCAGCAAGGUGUUUGGGAAAUGCUCUUAUCAGCUCUAGAAGUACUUAUCCAAGAUAAUCAUUGGCAACAGAUGUUUAACAUUAAGCAACUUCUAAAAGCACGAGUUGCGCAUCAUUUUCUGCGGACAUGUCAGGUUUUACAGGAACAUAAAGAGGAGUUUCUUACAUCUAUACCUACAGAGGUUUGCACAUCAUUUGUGAAAAUAAUUGAAGAAGUGCUUGGAUCUCCACCAGAUCUGGAAUUACUGACACUAAUCUUCAAUUUUCUCUUGGCAGUCCAUCCUGCUACUAAUACAUAUGUUUGUCAUAAUCCCAGAGACUUUUACUUUUCCCUGCACAUAGAUGGCAACAUUUUUCAGGAGAAGGUUCAAUCAAUCAUGUAUCUGAAAAAUUCUAGCAGUGGUGGAAAAUCUAGUGACAGCCCAGUUUUGGUAAUUAGAAGCCCAGCUGGAGUCUCUGUUGUACAGCAAGAAGGAAAUUAUUCUGAACCAAAAACAGCAGUUCCCCAGGCACCUGAACAGCUCUGUAAAAGCCUACCAGCUUCUCCUACUUUCUCUCCGCGAGAGUAUCAAAAAGGAUUAUGUGGGAAUGUGAAGAGGAGUGUUGACAAUCUACUUGUAGUCAGUGAAAAUAACUUGGUUGAACCUCUGCAGAAAAACCAUUUUGUAAAAAACAUGGAGGCCUUUAAAAGGAUGCAAGAGGAGCAUUUAAUCAGUAGUUGUGAGUCUGCAAAAACAAUUGUUGAUUUGGAAGAGGUAAUGUCUGCUGAAAGAGGUGAUAUUUCAAAGGAAGAGUUGGAAGUGUUGGACAAGACCAUUGAGAACAAAGAAACAGGACCAGAACUGAAGUCGGGUGAAGAUGUUGCUUCUGAAUCACCUCUGAGGCGUCCUGAUAUAUUGAACUUUUCAAGUUUUCCCUUUCAAAAAAGUCAUGGCAACUUUGCAGGCUUGGGAUUAGCCUUCUCCGGUCAUGGUGAAUCUGUGAUUGCUCGUUGGCCAAACCUGGCUGAUAAGGGGUUACCUUCUGAAGACUGGGAACAUCUUGUAUUCUCUUCAGCUGGUGAGCAGGCUCCUCAAGAAUCUGAAAGCACUGUUGAUAGAUCAAGAGAAGACUGUCUGGUGCAUGUAUGCUGCGGUCUUUAUCAGCUCUUGCGCAGAGUUCUUUUAAUCUUGCCAGAUGUCAUGCUUCCAGAUGUGAUGGACAAACUUAUACAGCCUGAUGUUCUUGUGGUUCUUGUGAAUCACCCAUCUACUCUCAUACAACAAGGAGUCAUUAAACUCUUGGACACAUAUUUCAGCAGAGCAACCAGGGAACAAAAGGAGAAAUUCCUGAAGAAUCGAGGGUUCUCCUUGUUGGCCAACCAGUUGUAUCUUCAUCAAGGAACUCAGAAACUUAUGGAAUUCUUCAUGGAAAUGCUGUUCGGUCGAUCAGUUGGCCUUGAUGAAGAAUUUGAUCUAGAAGAAGUAAAAAAUGCAGGACUUUUCCAAAAAUGGUGUGUGAUACCUGUUCUGGGCCUUAUAGAGAAUUCCUUGUAUGAUGGCAACUUGCUACAUAAUUCCUUCUGUUUCCUGCUCCAAAUAAUAAAUUCCUGCUCUAAAAUGGCAGACAUGAUGCUAGAUAAUGGCUUGCUAUAUACACUAUGUAAUACUUUGGCAGCACUUAAUGGAUUAGAAGCCAACAUCCUCUCAGAUGACUACAGGCUACUUGUGUGUGAUAUACAGCAGUUACUUGUAGCAGUAACAAUCCAUGCCUGCAGUUCUUCAGGUUCCCAAUAUUUUCGGAUCAUUGAAGAUCUCAUGGUGUUACUCGGGCAUCUUCAGAAUAGCCAGAAUGAAAGAACUCAGCAUAUGGCAGUAGCUUUGCAGUUCAGAGUCUUGCAGGCAGCUGUUGAGUACAUCAAGACUGCAGGAAAUCUAGACUCUGAAGAUAUGAGCAGUUCCUUUCCCACAUCUAUUGCACAUCAUCAGGCUAUAUUUCAGAAACGCAAAAGUCUUUCUGCAUCAAGAAAAUUUUCCCUUGCUCAGUCGGAUACAUUGCUAAUGAGAAUGCAUACAAUUGCAAGUGAAGAACUCACUUUGAUGAUGCAGCAGAGAAUGGGUCAAGAUAAUUCCUUUCAUGCCACUGAAGCAGAACUUAUGCAAAGACUACAAAGGAUUACGGUUCUAGCAACCAACAGGUUAAUGUAUCAAGAACUUUCUGACAACUAUCUUGAUAUGAUAGAGGCCUCUGUCCAGAGCAGAAUUUCCAUUUCACAAUUGGAAGAGACUGAAAAAGACAACCAACAGGAGUUACCUACUUAUAAAAGUCCUUUCCUCAAAGAAAUGUUUAAAAUAAUGAUUGAAGGAUUAUCAGUUAGCACAAGCCGGAUAAGCACCCCAAAGCAACAGUGGAAGAGAAUUCUCUUGUCCUGUAAGGAUACAUUUCGAGUACAGCUUGGAAGACUACUUGUGUAUUCUUUAUCUCCAAAACGCUGUUUACAAGAAAGAAAGCAAACUCUGGAGAUCUUAACUGAAAUUAAUCAGCAAGAAAUUUUGAGAGAUUGUCUAAGUCCAACUUUGCAACAUGGGCCCAAGUUGUCUCUCUACUUAUUUGAGUUAAUUCAUAAUCACAAGGAUGAAUUAACCAAUGAAGAGCAAUUGUCAGUGGGAGUUUUUAUGAAUGCAUUAAAACUUUGUGGUUACAAAUAUAUUCCUGUCAAUGCACCACCAAAGCCAGACCUCAUAAAAGCUAUGAAAGAGGACCAAAAGAAAUAUGAGGCAGAAGAAGAUGUAAACAAAGCUGCUUGGGAGAAAACAAUGGCUAAUAACCGACAAACUCUCUUUCAGCGUCUGGAUGCAAAAUCAAAGGACAUUUCUAAAAUAGCUGGUGAUAUCACCCAGGCUGUCUCCCUGUCCCAAGGAAUGGAAAGAAAGAAGGUGAUUCAGCACAUCAGAGGAAUGUAUAAAACAGACUUAAGUGCCAGCAGGCAUUGGCAGGAGCUUAUUCAGCAGCUUACACAUGAUAGAGCGCUCUGGUAUGACCCUGCCUCCUAUCCUACAUCUUGGCAACUAGAUCCAACAGAAGGUCCUAACAGAGAGAGGCGCCGUUUGCAAAGGUGCUACUUAACUAUUCCAAAUAAGUAUCUUCUUAAAGACAGACAAAAAUCAGAAGAAGUGAUUAAAUCGCCUCUGGCUUACCUUUCUGAAGACAAAACACAUUCAUCUCAUUCAUCUACUGUAAAAGAUAAAGCUGCCAGUGAGCAUAUAAGAGUUAAUCGAAGAUGUAUCAGUGUGGCACCAUCUAGAGAGACUCCUGGGGAAUUGCUACUAGGAAAAUGUGGAAUGUACUUUGUGGAAGACAAUGCUUCUGAUACAGUAGAAAGCCCAAGUUUUCAUGGAGAAACUGAACCAGCAUCAUUUUCAUGGACGUUUGAAGAAAUUAAAGAAGUGCACAAGCGUUGGUGGCAACUAAGAGACAAUGCUGUGGAAAUAUUUUUAACCAAUGGCAGAACUUUGCUGUUAGCUUUUGACAACACAAAGGUGCGUGAUGAUGUGUACCACAACAUCUUAACAAACAACCUCCCUAAUCUCCUGGAAUAUGGAAAUAUUACUGCAUUAACACACCUGUGGUACACUGGACAGAUCACUAAUUUUGAGUACCUUACUCAUUUAAAUAAACAUGCAGGCCGUUCUUUCAAUGAUCUCAUGCAGUAUCCAGUAUUUCCCUUUAUACUUUCUGACUAUACCAGUGAGACCCUGGACCUGAAUGAUCCUUCUAUUUAUAGAAAUCUGGUCAAACCAAUAGCUGUGCAGUCAAAAGAAAAGGAAGACCGUUACGUGGACACUUACAAGUAUCUAGAAGAAGAGUACCGUAAAGGAGCUAGAGAAGAUGACCCAAUGCCACCCGUGCAGCCUUAUCACUAUGGAUCUCAUUAUUCCAAUAGCGGAACAGUACUUCAUUUCCUGGUUAGAAUGCCUCCUUUUACAAAGAUGUUUUUAGCUUAUCAAGACCAGAGUUUUGAUAUUCCAGACAGAACCUUCCACUCCACUAAUACAACUUGGCGCCUCUCAUCAUAUGAAUCCAUGACUGAUGUAAAGGAGCUUAUUCCAGAAUUUUUCUAUCUACCCGAGUUUUUAGUUAACAGAGAAGGAUUUGAUUUUGGGGUACGUCAGAAUGGUGAACGAGUUAACCAUGUGAACCUUCCACCAUGGGCUCGAAAUGACCCCCGACUUUUUAUUCUAAUCCACCGUCAAGCUUUAGAAUCUGAUCAUGUUUCCCAAACAAUCUGUCACUGGAUUGAUUUAGUAUUUGGGUAUAAACAAAAAGGGAAGGCUUCAGUUCAAGCUAUCAAUGUCUUUCACCCUGCUACGUACUUUGGCAUGGAUGUAUCAGCUGUCGAAGAUCCAGUUCAAAGAAGAGCCCUAGAGACAAUGAUAAAAACAUACGGACAAACUCCUCGCCAGCUGUUCCACACUGCACAUGUCAGCAGACCUGGAUCAAAACUCAUUAUGGAAGGAGAACUCCCUGCUGCCAUGGGAUUAUUAGUGCAGUUCGCUUUCAGAGAAACAAGGGAGCAUACCAAAGAGAUUGUAUAUCCGAGUCCUUUACCUUGGAUCAAAGGCUUAAAGUGGGGAGAAUAUGUAGGUUCUCCUAGUGCCCCAGAUCCUGUGGUUUGCUUUAGCCAGCCACAUGGAGAAAGAUUUGGUUCCCUGCAGGCUCUGCCCACAAGAGCUAUUUGUGGUUUGUCCCGAAAAUUCUGUCUUCUGAUGAUAUAUAGCAAAGAGCAAGGUGUUAGAAGUAUGCACAGUACAGAUAUCCAGUGGUCAGCAAUCCUAAGUUGGGGUUAUGCUGACAAUAUUUUAAGACUGAAGAGCAAGCAAAGUGAACCUCCAAUUAACUUUAUACAAAGUUCACAGUUUCACCAGGUAACCAGUUGUGCUUGGGUGCCAGACAGCUGUCAACUUUUUACCGGUAGCAAAUGUGGUGUCAUCACAGCAUAUAUGAACAGAUUUACUAGUAGUACACCUUCUGAGAUUGAAAUGGAAUCCCAGGUGCAUCUCUAUGGCCAUACUGCAGAGAUUACUAGCUUGUUUGUCUGCAAGCCAUACAGCAUAAUGAUAAGUGUAAGCCAAGAUGGAACCUGCAUCAUAUGGGAUUUGAACAGGUUGUGCUAUGUGCAAAGUCUUGCUGGACACAAGAGCCCUGUAACAACAGUAUCUGCUAGUGAAACAACAGGAGACAUUGCAACAGUUUGUGAUUCAGUUGGUGGUGGCAGUGAUCUCAGACUUUGGACAGUGAAUGGUGAUCUUGUGGGACAUGUGCACUGUAGGGAAAUUAUACGCUCUGUUGCUUUCUCUAACCAGCCUGAAGGAGUCUCUAUCAAUGUGAUUGCUGGUGGUUUAGAAAAUGGGGUUGUACGGCUGUGGAGCACAUGGGAUUUGAAACCUGUGCGAGAAAUUACAUUUCCUAAGUCAAAUAAACCUAUUGUGAGCCUUACAUUUUCCUGUGACGGCCAUCACUUGUACACAGCAAAUAAUGAAGGAACUGUUAUUGCUUGGUGUCGCAAGGACCAACAACGCUUGAAGCUCCCCAUGUUCUAUUCAUUCCUAAGUAGCUAUGCAGCUGGCUGAUAACACUGCAUGCUCCUUAUCUUGGUUACUUUUGAAGCACUUUCAGUCCAGAAUAGAUCACAGAGCCUCUCUGGUUUUAAAUGGAUUUUAAAAAACAUUGAACAUCUUCAUGAUAAGUGAGCAGAUGAGCAAGACAUUUAUGAAAGGCUGUUGUGUAUGAUCAUGCACCAACUUUAUAAAUCAUAUCACAAUUAUAUGAAAAUUCUGGCCUGCUUUUUUGGUACCAAGAGAACUGUAGAUGGCUGCGCUAACCCGAAAGUUUAAAUGCUGCAAUGUAUAAUGUAAAAAUAUUUUUACACAUCAUUUCAUGAACGCAUAUAUUAUAAAUCCUGAGGCACUAGUAAUGACUUUUGCUCCUUUGUGAUGUAAAAAAUAGAAUUAAAAUUUUUCAAAGGUUUAUUUAAAAAAAA